AUGCUCCGAUCAUGGUAUGACAAGGAUGAAGAAAAACCCGAGUUCUGGCUCGAGUUUCAGGUCAUCCAUGACGGCCUCGAGACAGAACCGUCGCCACCCUCAUCCUCUUCCUCGUCGACAACCAUCUCCUCCUCCUCCGAAUCCCAAGGCCAAACCUUCCACCUUUUCCCCCUCCUCCCCCCCGAACUCCGCCUUAAAAUUUGGGAAUGCCUCAUCCAGCCGCGAAUCGUCGCUGCCGCCUGCUUCGACUCUCGCUUCGAGGCCCAGCGCCGCGUACAACUCACCUGCCGCCCGCGCCGCCCGGCCGUCCCGGUGCUACUCCACGUCUGCCGCGAGUCGCGCGAGCUGGCGCUGAAACACUACCAGCUCGCUUUCGCGUGGCGUUUACCGCCUAGGCUGGCCGGCCUUCCGCCGGUGUCAUCUUCCGCUGCGUCUGCUUCUUCUUCUUCCCCGUCGCAGUCGCUGGCAUCAACCUCGUCCGAGGACACUGAGGAGCAGACGUCUUUAUCAUCAUCUUCUUCUUCAUCUUUAUCUUCUUCUUCUUCUUCUUCUUCUUCAGCAAAGCGCCAGCCCCCCUCAUCUUCUCCACGCUCCCUCCCCGACCUGAUCCCUCCUCCCAAUCGCCGGCGCUCCUCGACCUACGCCCGCCCCAUCACCCACCCCCCGAAAGUCUACUUCAACUUCUCCCUCGACUGCCUCCUCCUCCUGGGCGAGCUUGAGCCCUACGACCAGUACGGCUUCAACGCGCCCAUGUCAUACUUUCUUCGCCGCGACGACACGCGCAGAGUCCAAAACGUGGCGUGCGCCUUCCAGGAGCUGCAUAUGGAUCUGUACGAAGCCGAUCAAGUUUUUGGGACAUUAUUUCACAUCAUUGAUAUGUUUCCGUGCACGUGGGGGCGGGAGGGGCGGUUGUUGAUCACCACGAACACGCCUGGAGCUCCUGCACAGCAGGAGGAGAGCGGGAAAGAGGAUGGUGUGGUUUAUAGGUCUCCCUACGCAGACGACCCCUACUUCUCGCACAUCCACUCGCACAAGUCGGCCAAAGCCUCGCCAGAGUCUGCAGCGGACAGGGGCCCCACGACCGAUAAUGUUGUGCAGAAGCUGUGGAGCGCGUUCAUGGCUGGCGUCAGUGGGGGGAGCGAGAAGAAUUCGAUGGUGAAUACACAGAUUGUUAUGGUGAGGGAAGAGGAGCUGCCGAGGUUUUUGAGGGGGCAAUCGGCGGCGGUACGCCCAAAACCGGGGAAGGUGAUGGAAGUUAUGGAAGAGGAAGGGGAGAAAGGGUCGUCUUUAUGA